AUGGCAACCGCUGCCUACUUUGCGGCAGAGUGCCUCGUCUCCAUGUCCAAUCGGGCUAUCAUCCACGGUCCGACGGGAGAACCGACCCUUCCACCAGCGGUGAUGGCUUCGCCGCUCACCAUCCCAACCCGGGAAAAGAAAUGUGAAGGGAAAGACUCUGGAAAAGACAACGCCGGUGGAGCCUCUGUCUAUGCGGUGGCCAGCAUUUUAGCGGACCUAAACCAGCACGUUCCAAAGCCUUCGUCCCCUGAGUCGGAGAAACCACAGAGUGCCGACAGAGGGGAGAAACAAAACCCUUUGCUUCCCUGCGAAAAGUUUGGGGAAGAAAGUAUCUUGCCGGCCGGCAAACGCGGAGGGGGGAAAGCGGCCACACCUACCAGCUUGGCAGCGACAAACGCACCGAGCCCUAAACAAAGGAGCAAGAGAGGGCGAUGCCGGCCUGACCCGGAAUUACCUCAGAAAAAGCACAAAUGCCACUAUGAGGGGUGCGAAAAGGUUUACGGCAAGUCUUCCCACCUGAAAGCUCACCUAAGGACCCACACAGGCGAGAAGCCUUUCGAAUGCAGCUGGGAAGACUGCAACAAGAAGUUUGCCCGUUCCGACGAGCUGGCGCGGCACUUCCGCACCCAUACUGGGGAGAAGAAGUUCGGCUGCCCUCUCUGCGAGAAGCGCUUCAUGCGCAGCGACCACCUGACGAAGCAUGCCCGCCGGCACGCCAACUUCCACCCGAGCAUGCUCAAGAGGAGGAGCGGCAGCAGCUCUCGGACGGGUUCCGUGAGUGACUACAGCCGUUCAGAUGCUUCCAGCCCCACCAUCAGCCCCGCAAGCUCGCCGUAGACCCGCCUGCACUGGAUGCCAGCACU